AUGCCUCGUCGACCUAACAACCCUUUCACCACCAACAGCUCCCCUUCUUCGUACCCGCCGUCCUUUUCGUCCGCGAACGAAAAGGGCGGCAUUCCUAGUAAUCAGGCCCGCUCUUCCUCCGUGAAACCUAAGCGAUUGAGCCAACUGUUUUCUACUUCGCCAAAGACCAGAUCAGACACCCACACCGCUGCUCAGGCCGCCCUGAUCGCCGCACGCGGGGGCUCUAUCAGCCAUCUAAGCACUCCUCAUAUCAGUUCGCCGUCGCUGUCCCUACCGACCAUCUCGCUUUCCACGGCGACUGCGGACAGCGCCAACAUGGAUGUGCCUCCAACCACUCUGUUUCAACCCGCUUCGCCGGGGGAAACACGUCGUCUGGCCAGACAGCAUGCUCAGUUCGGGCCACUCGGGCAUCCUAGUCAUCGAUAUACCUCGAAGCACCAAGGGGGUGAAUUCCCCGAACCUAUCAUGGACGAGCCGCCAUACUACUAUCUGCUCACGACCUACAUCAGUUACCUGAUCCUAAUCGCUUUCGGGCACGUGCGCGAUUUCUUUGGAAAACGAUUCAGAGAAGAAAACUAUAGGCAUCUCAAACCUAAGAACGGAUAUGGCGCGUUGAACAGUGAUUUCGACAACUUCUACGUCCGCAGGCUCAAGUUACGUAUUAAUGAUUGUUUUGAGAGGCCCGUGACCGGGGUCCCCGGCCGAUACAUUACCUUAAUCGAUCGGACGAGCGAUGACCACAAUCGUCAUUUUCGCCUGACCGGUACUUACACCGACACCUUGAAUAUGAGCUCAUAUAACUAUCUUGGCUUUGCACAGUCGGAGGGCCCCUGCGCUGAUGCCGUCGAGGACAUUAUUAAACGAUACGGGAUCAGCUCCGUCUCCACCAGGGCUGAUGCAGGUACCCAGGACCUCCAUCUUGAAGUGGAGGGCCUUGUAGCCAACUUUGUCGGGAAGGAAGCUUCCAUGGUGUUUUCCAUGGGCUUCGGAACCAAUGCUAGCGUGUUUUCUGCUUUGGUUUCAAAGGGCUGUCUGAUCAUUUCCGACGAAUUGAAUCACGCGUCAAUCCGUUUUGGUGCCCGUUUGUCAGGUGCUUCGAUCGAGAUCUUCAAACACAACGAUGUCAAGGCCCUAGAGAAGAAAUUACGGGAGGUGAUUUCCCAAGGCCAGCCGCGAACUCACCGCCCCUGGAAGAAGAUCCUGGUCGUUGUUGAAGGGUUGUAUUCUAUGGAGGGGACCAUGUGCAAUCUUCCCGGCAUACUUGCCUUGAAGAAGAAAUAUAAGUUCAACAUUUUCGUCGACGAAGCCCACUCAAUAGGUGCCAUCGGGCCUAGAGGAAGAGGCGUUUGCGAUUACUUUGGCGUAGAUACGAAAGAUGUCGAUAUCCUCAUGGGAACGCUGACCAAAUCCUUUGGCGCCAAUGGUGGCUACAUUGCCGCGGAUAAAGCUAUUAUUGACAAGCUACGAACAUCCAACCCCGCAGUAUUCUACGGCGAAGCGCCGACUCCGCCAAUUCUUGCACAGAUUUCAACCUCCCUUAGGAUUAUCAACGGCGAGAUCGUUCCCGGCGAGGGCGAAGAACGACUACAGAGACUCGCAUUCAAUUCCCGCUAUCUUCGCCUCGGUCUGAAACGCCUAGGUUUUAUCGUCUAUGGCCAUGACGACUCCCCAAUCAUCCCUCUCCUCCUCUUCAACCCAGCCAAAAUGCCCGCCUUCUCCCACGAGAUGCUCAAACGCAAAAUCUCUGUCGUUAUCGUCGGAUAUCCGGCUACCCCAUUGGUAUCAUCGCGAGCUCGCUUCUGUGUCUCCGCUGCUCAUACUAAAGAGGACCUCGACCGCUUGCUAUUAGCCUGUGACGAAGUUGGGAAUGUCCUGCAACUCAAGUUCUCAAGCGGGGUUGCCGGCGGCGCGCUGCCGUCUGACAUAGAUUAUACGGCCGAGGAUGAGCGGAAUGGCCAGCAUGGAGGACAACAGAAGCAAGCGGUAGUGAAAAGGAAGUCCACUUCUGUUACGCCUCCCCGAUGGAGGUAUGAGGAUGUUGUCAGGCGGGGCGUGCAGGAUGUGAAAUUUCCACUCCAAUAACGCGUCGUGCGUUACAAGCAUUUUGGAUAUGCAGCGCUGUUUGGAGACGCGGGUUGUUAGCCAUGCCAUCAAUUGUGAUUACGCCGUUAUUACCCCAAAGGCACACCGGACGACCUUAUACGGAAUGAAAAUUCUCUGCUUGUCACCGUUGUGUAGGAGUUAAACUCCCGUAUUCUUUAACUCCUUGAUUCUUGGGUAUAUUUAUUUGGGUGUUGGGGUGGGCCAGGGGGUUUGUUGAUGGUGUUUCUAUUACUCUUUUGGUCUUAACCAUUUUUUUGAGUCUUUUAUCUUUCGGCUUUAAUACAUAAUUUUAAAAUUAAGAGAG